CAACACGACGUGUAGCUCGUGCAUCGCGAUCGCUCGGUUUACCUGCCACACAAACGUCUUUUCUGCCUGCUCCUCGACGCUUUCGCGCAACCAUCGACGCGUCGAGUGCUCUCCGUACGCAGUGACGGGUGGUCGAAUACGAAACCGCGCGCGGUUCACCUUUCUUCCGGUUCCCCGCGAGAACUUGGCGCACCGACACUGACAACUGACGGAGAAGAAAGUUUGGAUUCGACGAUCGAAUGUGCGCCCCUCGAUUUUGUGUGUUUUCGCGCCCGUGAAACGGACACUUCGCCUCCAAAGUGCUCGUUAGAGGGGUUCCGAGGUUUUCCUGAGAGUUUCCACGAGAGCCAGACCGGAAGGAUCGAGGAUCUUCCGCGAAGGAAAAUGCUUCACUUUGAACUCGUGCAACCGGAAAGCGUGGCCGUCGGAGGAUCCUGGUGACGCACAUCGGAGAUGGACAACACUUCUUUAGAAUUAUAAACUAAUGGAAACGUAGCGAUAUAUUCUCUACGUUCAUCGCGUUGAAGAGUUGCGUGGAUUAGCUUGCAUAAUGUUAUUUUGUUCUAAUACCCAUUCAAAGUAACGCGUGAUUAAUUUACGAAAUUUUCUUGCGACGAUUAAAUAUUAUUUGAUUCUUCGAUCGCGCUUUCAAUUAAUUAAUUAAGCUUAUCGGGAGAAACUCACAUUUACUCAACGUCGAAAAUAAUUUCAUUUCAUAAUUCAGACUGGUAAUUUUCGAUAUUGUUUUGUUCUAGCAUGUUUGCACAAUAACAUAUGGAAAAUUUGCGAAACUGUUCUGGAAAACAGUAACAGAAAUAAUAUUUGGCUUCCUCAUAAACCAUGCUUUUGAAUUUAAUUAAUCAAACUUGUUCAAAUAUGGUUUUAAUCGUUCGAUGUGGAAUUUAAUUUAAUUUCAGAGAUACGCGUGAAACACGCUUUUUCUUUCAUUCUUUAAUAUGAACUCUUGGUUCAUCCGAUAAAUUUGUCCAUUUCUGGUGGCGGAGCGAACCGAUCUCGAGAAGAAGGUGCUCGUGGACGGAGGUGUUUGUGGAAUUUCGCGUGGGAUCUUCCUCGAUCGGACGAUUGAUUUGCCAUCUUGUGCAUGACACAACAAAGGUGUGAUGCAAGUGGACCGGAUGUCACCGCGAUAUUACUGCAACGUGUUACCGUCACUGCAGUGAACGACGCAAAAAAGUGCGCGUAACUUCGAUCAGGCUCGCACAAGGCUGCAUUCCGUCGCUUUUUGGAUCUUACGCCCCGCAAAGGGCCAUCGACCAGAAAGAGAACGAAGAUAAGUACAAUGAACAUCUGAAACAACGACGUUACAAAUUAAUUGUCACCAUGAGAGCGCUCCUGAUCCUGGCAAGCAUUCUCCUGAAAAUACACCUUCAUUUCAGAGGAAGCCAGGCGGAGCAUCAGCGAUCAUUAGGCGCCAGUAACGAGUUGUUGCCGUCAACGGGUUCCGAAGAUAAAAUUGAAGAUGUCAUCGAGGGUCCUAUCAAGGAAGUCCUCGCCCAAAGCGGAAGUACAGCCAAUUUACCAUGCAAAAUCACCGAUCCUGUCGCUGGAACCAUUACAUGGGUGAAGCGGAGGGACAGACGGUUAUUAACUGUCGGCACCAGUACCCACUCGAUCGACAAUCGAUUUGUCGUAAUGCAUUCGAGCACUGAUUGGGCACUUCAGAUACGAGCUGUUACUCCGCAGGACGCGGGUAUAUACGAAUGUCAGGUUACGUCGCAUCCGGUUCAACGGAACUUCGUGCGCUUGAAAAUCACGGAGGCGUACUCGAUCAUACCGGGAGCGCCUGAUUUACAUGUGAAGCAGGGCUCGAGUCUUCAGCUGGAGUGUCAACUGAUGGCGGCCGCGGAAUCGCCUCUCUACGUCUUCUGGUAUCGUCAGGGUCACAUGAUCAAUUACGACGAGGAGCCAGGCGUGAAAGUCGAGCUGACGAAGAGUGGAUCGAUUUUAAUGGUCAACAAAACGAAGCCAUCGCACGGCGGAAAUUAUACGUGCGAGCCGAGCAACGCAAAACCAGCAUACGUGGUGGUUCACGUGAUCGAGGAAGAGGAGAAACCGGCGGCGAUGCACGGGGGCGACAGAAGGAACCUUAGCCCCGCAAUUUUGGCGAGCAACUUUCUGGUGUCCCUUUUGGCGACCGUCAGCUGGAGGAUACCGAGUUUCACCAGCCUCUACCCGACGUGAAUCACCGUUGAACUUACGGCAGCUCGUGCCGUUAGCCGCGCCACCGCAACCAGGUCCACCUUCUUCCGCAAGGACGACCCCGGCGAUCGCUUGGAUCUUCGGGGCUCGUCUUUCCACUCGCAACUCCGACCCCACGAGGACGAUACUGACAAGGACCCUUCGAGCGAGAGUGUGCGCGAACAUGUAAAACGUGGAAAUUGCGAAUCAACGCCUUACUUGCGACGGAGGAGAGACUUUGUGUUCUCCAGGCGUCUGUCGCGAGGAAACAGCGACUCCUGCACCCUCCUCGAGAGGAAUCAGGCUUGAUCGCGAUCUCAAGACAUUGUUUAACGGCGAAUACCUCUUGGUUUCCUUCCCUCGAUGUCCUAUCAGUUCUCCAACCCCCUUCGAUUCUUCGCGACACAAGAAUUUGAGUAUUUUCGAGACCCUUCUGGCGGACUACGUGAGAAUACGGUACUCUGACAAGGUGGUGCGAAUAUGCGGGGCGGAUUGUCGGAGCGGUGACUGACGAUGAUCGCUGUGUUUGGAUGGACGUUCUCUGAGUGAUCAAACGAGCAGCUACCGUACUGAAAAGAGUUAGGGGGCAGUCUGGUGGAUCAAAAUAAUAUUCUUUUACAAAUUACCUGGAUGAUUCGAGUCCUAGAAGCAUGAUCCUGGAACGAUUGUGGUAAUAUACAGAGGGUUGGUAUCGGACUUUCAAUCGAACUCUCUGCGUGGUCUAAUAUUGUAGGCCAAAACUUUAAAGCUUUUCUUGAAACGUCAUUUUUUUACACGGUGUGCAUGACAAUUCGAAAAUUAUUCGUCACAGUGUCUAAAAAAUAUCUCAUUAUACUACAUUAUGAAAUUGUAAAGAAACAUUUACAGCCCAAACUACCAGUCUGCCCUCGUAAUCUGGGAAUUUCUUUAUCUCGAGCAACCGUGGGCGCGUUCGGAGUAACGAUUACCCUCCCGUUCUGGAAUUGAUCUAGGACUCCAAGAUACGUUGUACGGUGAAAGGUGAGAGAGUGUGCCGUUGGGAGGAUCGCGCGAACCGGAAGUUCCUUCCUCCUUCUGUCCUACUUUCGCGUCGCAAGUAGGAACUGCUGGCUCGGGGAAGGCUUCUCUCUCGUCGGUAUCUUUCAGUGUGCAUGAUGAGUGAAUUGUUUUCUUCGUACGUGCAUUAUACAUAUAUAAAUACAUACAUAUACAGAUAAAUAUAUAUAUUCGUUACGUACGCGUGAGGCACACAGAGAGCACCGGUUUAAUCUUUCCACGCGAUUACAUACCAAACCACUGGAUAUUCGAGUAAAUGUUUCGGAUAAAACCAACCGUGAUUCAAAAAGUGUAUCCUGCGGUCUGCGAGGUUUCGUUCCAAACAGAGGCGCUUUCGGAGUUUCAAAGCCACUACCAAUUUUUGUUAACAAAGUCAUGCGCUUGGUUUAAGGAAAAAAGCAUCGAUUACAGGAUAAACUGAUAAUUGAGGGAAAAAAUGUUUGACUGUUUAGUGCUCUGACGUUUUUCAAUGGUGUUUGAACACGUGUUAAUUCUAUAUAUAUGCUCGAUAUGUCUCAUCCGAAACUUUGUUCUAAUGUGCUAGCAGUACGGAUAUACUUGCGAGAAAGUUUAAAAUGGUACGCUCUUUAUAUGUGCACGCAUAGGAUGUAAGUUACUGCGUGGACUCGAGCAGGACGUCGUAUGUAUCGCUACGUGGAAGCGUAUUCUCUAUUACCCGCUUUCCUAAUCUUCGGACGAUGCACAGUGUACUUCUACAUGAAUUUAUUUGAUUUCAUUGGGAAGCAAAACGAUCGUGUUACAAUUUUAGUUCAUACAACACAUAAAGGAUUUAAAAUAUAUAUUAUUGGCAAUGUAUCGAUCGUUAUUUUUUAAAGAUUAUGAUUGAUUUAUUAAACCUAAUAUAACACACUGUGCGUCGCGGAAGAUUCGUCGCGGUCGAGCAUGGCGCGUACGCGAUCGUCGUCGUCGCUCGUCCAGGUAAAUGGAAUCAAUGUAAAUAUUACAUUCUAACUAUACAUUCAAUAAAACAUUAAUCG